GGGUGCUAUGGGGCGCUGCACGCUGUCCCCACGCCGUCACGUGGAAGGGGGUCUGAAGCUGGAACAUCUCCGUGCUGCUUUGGGGCCGCCUGUGCCGCCCUGUUCCCCCCCCCAGAGCCCAACGUGGGGCCAGCACAGCUCAGCAAUCAUCCUCCCCCCCUUCUCACCCCUCUCCCUGUCCCCCCACAGGUCCCGUUUGGUGAAACCCGCCACGUCCGCGAGUGGUUGGGCGUCAGCGGCGAGGUGGGGAAACCUCCAUCGGAGCAUCCCAAGCGUCCGGUGUUGGGUCUGACCUGCAAGAGGGCAGAGGUGAGCGGCACCCGUUUUUGGGGCCUGGUCCGGACCCUCUGCCCAGACCCCCACGUCUUUUUUCGUCACUGCUUCGUCCACAAUCAUUGCCCCCUCCUCUUCCUCGCCUCCAGCGGUCGCAACCUUGCCCCUAGCGAGCUGCCCCCUGCCCAACGUGUCCAACUGAUGGGGCUUUGUGACCGAGCUCUGGCACGGGCCGUGGGGCUGCUGGGGGUCCGGAUGGUGGUGGGCAUCGGGCGUUUCGCUGAGCAAAGAGCCCGCAGGGCUUUGGCUGCCGCCGGCGUCACCGUAAGGAUCGAAGGCUUCCCCCAUCCUUCGCCCCGCAGCGCCCGCGCCAAUAAGGGCUGGGAGGAACAGGCCAGAGCCAGGCUGGGGGAGCUGGGGGUGCUGGAGCUGUUUCGGGAGGAGGGGGGGUCGCCACCAGGGGAUGGGGGUGAAUCUGAGAGGCCUUUGGUCAUAAAGGAGGAGGUGGAGGAGGAUUAG